UUUGUCUAUUGACCAAUUUUUACUGCUUCUGAAAAAAGGCACUAAAAAUAGCAUCCUACAAAAUGCUCAAAGUCCUAAAAAAGUAAUAAGGUAUUUUUCACCCAGCCUAAAUAAUCUCACAAGGUACUUAUUCGAGAGGAAUGAGAAAGUGGCGUUGUUCAAUAGGUGUUGAUAUAAUAAUUUUAGGAAAUACAGCCAUAUUUAGAAAUUGAUACAGCUAUUAGAAAAUGACUUCAUCAGUAUCAGUAGUUACGUCAUAUGGUAAUCGAAAUAGAAAUUAUAGUUCUGACACUUGCUGCUAUAUAUCCUUAUAUAGCAGCAAUAUUUUUUCUUAACACGCGAAACAACUAUAGAAACAAACACUGUUCUUUUCCAUUCUUGCAGUGUGGAUAAUAUAAAACUAUAAAUAUCGGAGAUAUUGGUUUGUUAUAUUCUCAACCACAGCAGUACGGUAAAGUUUGUCUCAAUAUAUCCAGCUCAUAUGAUGCACCUAAUUUACAACCACAAAUAUAAUGUCUGGGCUAAAGGGCCAACUGAUUUUUGCAAGCCAAAACAGAAGGCUGUCCUUGCAGCUAUUUUACAACUGGAAAAACCUUCGGAUUAUAUAUACUAAGGAAUCUUUAUUAGGCGAAUUUCUUGUUUUUUUUUUGUUGUCUUCGUUGCGUGCUCUUCUUCUUUGUUUGGUAUCAUAAUUAUACCAUGUAUCUGCGAUGGGACCAGGUAACAUGUACCAUUUCGCCUUAUAAUUACAUAAAAAUAAUAAUUUUAAUCGUUAAGAGAGUUAGUCAGUUAAACCGAGGUAAAGUUUACCGUACUGUUGUACAUUUGAGGGAUAUGCAGAAAGAACGCGUUCGUUUUAUCAGCCGGGUAGGCGCGAGAAAAACGCAACUUUUUAACAUAUGUCGAUGAUGAUGAUGAUGUUUUGUAGCUUAAAAAAAAUAACGUUUAGUAAAAUAAUAGAGUGUUAGAAAUAAAACAAAAAGCCUAUGCCAAUCGACGUACAGAACACUGGAAAAAAUACAAGAUAUAAUCUAAAACCUGCGCUCAUGGGCAAAUAAAUAAAUUUGCAAAUUAACAUAAACUGAACGCUUACUAUUUCUUCCUAAAAUGUGGCAUUCAGGGUUGCAACCUUAGCAUGUAAAUUUAGUCGUUUUGGAAACUUUCCAGAGUUAUUUCUUACUUUGUUCGUUCUUAUCUUUACCACGUUCGCUCUUGUCUCUACUACGUUUAAAAACUAAAUGCAUAGAGGCGUGUAGCGCCUCACGACAUACAAGUAUCUAAUAUGAUAAUAGGAAGUCUGUCUGUGUCUGUCUGUCUGUGACUUCUGCAAAUAGGAUGUGUUAUGUUUCAUUGAUUUUCGACGAAUUAGCUAUUUGUUGACGUUAAUACAAUAUAGUGUAGUCAUUUUAUGGUUUAAACCGGAAAAAAUGUUAACUAAUUUAGUACCAAUAGGAAAAGAAUUUUAUGCACAAUAACAUAUCCAAAAUCCUCUGCAUUUAUUUAUGAGCAAUCUUUUUUACAGGGGAUUGAGGAAGACAUGGUAUUUGAAUAAUUUUUAAAGAAAAAUUUAAAAAUUUGUUAAGGGUCAUUUUUUAGACUCGUAGUGGAACUCCAUGUAUUCUUUUGACCGACUUUUUCUUGUACAUUCUUUUUCGGCUCCAUGAUUUUCAAACUUCAUGAGUUUUCUCGGGGUCUCUCAUGAAAGGCGCGGGAUUCUCAGAGUGUAUGGUGAGAAUGCUGGGACACAUUUAACGAGCAUUGAGAGCUUAUUUUCUUGUGCGAAGUGCUUUAAUCUUACCACUGAUCAUUUGCGUAAUACAGGAACAGGAAAUUUGUGAUGAUGAUUUGGAAGCCACUAAAGCCCUUUUUAAGUCCUUUAUAAAUGGCAAAGCUACUGAUUAAGAUAUGAUCAAUUGUGAAAUAUUUAAUGAAUUCAUGAUGUUAUAUUAUUUAGUGCAUCCAUUAUAUUAAUGUAGUUGUUCUGCCCAAUCUUGGAACGCGCCCCGUCUUAAGACUGGCCAGGCCAAUCUUCCGACAGUGACAAAUGGGUGGCCAGUCUUAAGACUGGACUGCCCAAUCUAUGGACGUACAUGCCCAAUCUUAAAACAAUUGUGGAAGACAAACAGAACAAUAAAGUUUUUAGAAUUUACCUCUUAAUAGGAACUUUAAAUUGAAACUUUUCUUGGAAAAUCAAAAGCCAAAAAUUUAUAUAUACCAUGUAUUUUAUGUAUAAAAAAUUGAAACUACUCAACCAUUUUAGCAUAGUCUAUAAAGUUUUUCUUCUAUAGACUAUGAUAUUACAUCUAGCUAACUAAUAAUAUGGUUGAAUACGAUUUUUCUGAUACUUCAUAAAUAUAAACAUUUUAUUUUUAAAAUUUAGCCACUACUACAAGCUGUAUCUAAAUGCUAAAUGUAUAACACAUGCUCUACCAGCUACCUAGCUAGCUAGCUAGCUAUGAUUUUCACUCUACUGUGUCCAAAAGCAGGCCGGGUCAAUUCAACAGUACCCAAAAUAUGAUGUUUUAAUGUGCCUAAGAAUGUUUGUUGGGAGUCGCAAAAAACAGAGCUCGUGUGGUGCAUCCCUUCCUUAAAAUCUAAACGGAGCCAAAGAUGGGCCUAACAUGGUCUUUUGCCCAAUCUUGUGACGCCCUGCCCAGUCUUAAGACCGGCCGGCCAGUCUUAAGACUGGGCAAUUUUAUGUCCAAAGAUUGGGCAGCGUCCUAAGAUUGGGCAGAACAUAGUCAAAAUGUACAUGUGAAAAAAAUGUGGCAGAGAGAACUGUGAACUGGCAGAAUUACUUGGAGUUAAGAAGAUGCUGAACUUGUUUGCUGCAACGGGACGUAGUUACCAUGCCACGAGUGGCAUGAUCUAUUUGCAGACGAUGGUUGAUCUUCCCUCGACUUUUCAGACCUGCAUGACUAAAUUCUUUUUCCAUGGUUGCCACGUGACUAUACGCAACAUCGUUUUUGAAACGGUAUCUAGACUGGCCUCACUAUAGAGCAAGUACUUAUGCACUUAUUGAAGUCAAGGGGUGGCCCAACAAGAGGGAAAAAAUGCCAGAAAAACUAAAUUAUUACCAGGUUCGAACUUUGGAAAACCAUAAGGUUGGUGUGCAAAUUGACUCGUAAAAAGUGCAAGUCGUAACUGUUAGUAGGAAAUGAGGACAUAAACCAUACUUUCAGUAUGAGUCGACAUCAGUUUAACUUAUUGUUCGAAAUUAGAAUGUUGAGAAAAGCAACUAAAUCGAACCACGCAAAAACAAUUAAAGAAAAUGUAUUUUCUUCUGAGUGUCCAAAUCUAUUUCACGAGUACUCUAAUUAUAUAGUUUUGCAGAAGCUGCGUUGCAUUCAGUGGAUAUGAAAACGGUCCAUACAUAAAAGAUUAUGAGCACGAGAGAAGAACUGGUAGAAUGGCAGCAUUGGUCAGUUUGUUUGACUUGGAAACGAAGGCAGCAUUUAACCAGGACCUAUUUCUGAAAAAUGAUUCGAACAAGUCGCAAUUAAUAUAUUGUGUCUGCAGUCCUUAAAUAUGCUUCAGACGGUACAAGAGAGGUUAUUGUCGUAGAUAAUGAUACAGACAUUCUCGUACUCCCCAUGUUUUAUUGAAAUGUUGGAAUGCAACUCUAUUUGUUUCUGAAUGCAGGAGGGAAGAAAUCUAUAUGUGGAAGAUUGAUUAAAUAGUGGAAGCUACAGGUUCCAUUGUGACGAGUCAUUUAUUGGUUAUAUAUGCAUGGUCUGACUGUGACACAACAUCCGAUGAGUAUGGUCAAGUUAUAUAUUUUAAAGUCACUGCUGAGAAAUGUCUAGUAUACAGACAUUUUUAAGCAGCGAAACUUAAUCUGUCUGUUAAAUAGAUUUCGUAGGGUUGUCACUAUUGCAACUUUUGUAUAAAUAUACUGCCUUUGAAUAAUGAAUAUUGGUUAUUCCGUAUUGGGAUAAAAGGUAUACAAAAGAGAUGCAACUUUCAGAUCUUAUUUUCAGUGUCUCUGGUUGCUAUCACUUUAACAUAGCAAUUUUUGUAUACGUGUGAUGCCUUAAGUAAUGAUUGCAGGGAAUUUGAUGACAAACUAUAAUUAUCGAUAGCUAUUUAGCGAUAAUUAGAUAAAAAAACAAUAAAAUUAUCGCAAAAUAGAAAUUGAUUAACGGUAAGGCUAUAAAGCGAUAAACAAUGCUAACUUGAUUUGUUUUUUCUGCAGAUAUCGAUAAUAGCACAAUACACCAAUUCGAUAUAACGGCUACCAUUUUUAUCUGGAUAACUGGUGCGCCUAAGUUAAACAAACUGCUAGCUAGCUGGCAGCUAAGUCAUUUGUUAAUGUGAGUAAAUGUAAAAGUUAUUUAUGAUAUUUGGCUUUUGUGGUCGUAGAUAUGGACUUUGCUAAUUGUGCUUGUUGUUGGGCCUACAAAUAACACAAGGGAAUUGCAUAAGUGGAAAAAAGUAUUUCCACAGAGCAUAAUAACCAACCUCAAUGCAAGGAAAAUUUUGCUUCCUGUCAACUACCACCAUUUUGCCUGUCUUUUUUGUUUGUUUGUUUGUUUGUUUAUACCAAUUGUUACAUAGCUAAUUGUUUAGAAUGCAUAAAGAGAGUUAAACGUGAAAUGGACAAAAAACUCUUGUAUUCCACAUCCCACUGACAGGUUUUGUAUGGAGCAGUUUGUCGAUGAAAAUCAAUCUGUAGUUAUCCAUCUCUAUUAUUAAAGCUAGGAAAUGAUUUUAAGCAACCUGUUUCUCGAAGGGUACAGUUUUGACAGGAGAUUAAUUUUGUACGAGCAAUCUAUUCCAUAUUAACGUUUCGUAUUCUUAAAAUAUGAGCUGUAUGUUUCACCAUGCUUCAACAUACAGUUCAUAUUGUUUGAGCUUAUGCUGCUCUAUGUUUGACGUCAUACCUCUUACAAGCGAAAUAAUCAUAGUAAAGGAAAAAAUUGGCAAACACAACGUUUUGUGUGAUUUUUUAUUUUGUAUUGAUACUUUCUUUCUCUUUUUAUUUAAUUUCAAAGCAUGAAAUUUUUAAAAUCACAUAUUUGUGAAAUUAAUCCAAAGCUUUUUUACCUAUUGUUUUCACCAAAUAAAAUGUAUACCUUAUCUUAUAUAAUAAGAAGAAGUGUAUGUGACGGUCAUACUGGAUGUGUUCAUUUUUCUUUUGAAGUCGCCGAAAUUUUCUUUGAAGUCGCCAAAAUCUAAAUUUUAUGACGUUACGGCGCGACGUCAAUAACACUACUUUAGCGUCAAUAUUCUAUACUAGCCGAAUUCCCGUGGAAGAAUCCACUGAAUCUCUCACUAAACCAAUGUAAGGGAUACCAAACAAAAUCAUACAACACAGUAAUUUGAAUUUUCAAAACUCACAUUUCAACCUUGACUCCGGGAUGGCAAAAAAAGCCCUGGGAUCGAGGUUUCUCACAAUCUGCAUUAUUCUAUGUUUAUAACCGCUGAAAAAAAACGUCUAAAAAUAUAAGCAUGUGGAACAAAAAAAUAAUAAAAAAAAUUAUGACAUAAAAUUGGAAAAUGCCCAAAAAAAUCAAAGGCGUCUAACAACUGUUACGUAAAAAGCGAAAUACGCUAAAACUAUAUUCUUGCUUCGUCAUUCCAGCAGUACACCAGGAAAAAAAAGGAUACCAAACAUUAAAAAAAAAAUCCAACAUUUUUCGUUAAGUCAUAUAAAAUCAGCUAUUACUGUAUUGCAUACGGCAAACCUUCAAAGUUGCACUCAAAAUAUAAGAAAUUAACAGUUAAAAACACAUAAAAGAGAAAUAUAAAAACUUGAAUCAUUUAGUAUAUUGUAUAUCUACCGAAAUAUUUCAAUCCAAAAUAUUAAAAAAAAAACAGUUUGUUUUAACAGACCCAAAGUUAUAAUCAAGAAAAUCACGCAUAAAAUCAAAGAAGAUAACAAUGCAGCGUUUUCGAAUUUAAGAAUCGAAUAUAUUUCAAACGAUCGUAACGUAACAGAUGUAAACAUUGAUUUAAGUUUAGGUUUUAGGUUAAGGUUUUUUAUACUGGAUCACUGAAUCACACAGUCUGUAGUGUUAAAAACAGUAGCAACGGAAAAAUUACUUUUUACAGUUUAUGUAAAUUCUUCUCUAGGAUUCACACGUUGUUUUUAUAAGAAUAGUGUGUUUUGGUUUCAGCCUUGAUGUUCUUAACUUUUUUGACAAUUACUAUCCUCAUUAUUCUCAAUUGUUCUUAACAUGACUAUGGCCUGAAAAUAUAUAAUGCCUUAAUAAAAUAAAGCAUGCUAUAAGUUACUAUAGCUAGAUAAUGGCAAUUCUACUACAUGUAACGGUCAAUUGCUUGGACACAAAAAAGUUCAGUUCGUUUGAUAUAAAAUAAAAAAAGUAAACUUCUAAUCAAUUUUGUGCGUCAUACAAAUGUUUAUAUUUAAAACAAACUAUCAAUCUUAGACAUAUUCUUAGGAUAUUCUAAACUUCUGACCCAUUUUUCAGAGUAUACUCUUACAAAAUGAGUGCUUAAAGAAAAUAUCAAGACACAACAACAAACUUAAUAUUUAAUGAAAAAUUUAGUUCUGAAAGAAACGGCUAAAAAAUCGUUAUACACCCAAAUUCAUUUCUAUCAAAUAAUUUAGACAACACACCUGCUUUUCUUUCGCUUUCUCAGUAGGUCGCAAGCUAGCUAGGCUAAAAAGUCCAAUCAUUUUUUUACUUUGAUUACUAAAUUUCGCUUCAUCCCAAAGAACGAAUUGAAAAUGUAUAGCUACAAUUGUCUGAUGCAUUUCCAAUUAAUUCUUUUUCUGGUGUUAUGAUCGUACCUUUUUCUUCGUUUUAAAAAAUAUUUCUGACAACAACAUUAACUUCGUUUGACAACAACAGUUUGUUUUUUACAUUUUAGAUUCGAAUUACAGUCAUAUUCGAAUGCGAUACAACCUCAGGCCCAGAACACAAAAUGUAAAAUAUAGUAAAACAUAUAAGCUUUAAGCUAACCUCAUGAUUAGUAAACAUUGGCAUGCUUUGUUUGAAGUAACUUUUUUCAGGAUUAACUUGAAAAACGGACAACCUUCUUCGCUUCGGUUUUCUUUUUCAGUUGAUAAACAACUUGUUUUCAUGAGAUACGGCGCGUACAUGGUAAUUUAACCGUAACGACCGAGAACAGCGCUGUAGCAUAAAUGACAAAUGGACCCCCUGUUUUCUCAUUUGGCGGCUUACUUAUUUUUUUAGUAAAUUUUAGCGUACAGCCACAGCAAAAAUAAAUAUAUGAGGAAGAGUAUUUUGUAUGAUCGAAUUUUAAGACACAGACAUGUUGUUCUAAAAGAUGGUGAUACAGUAUGGAAUAUGAAUUUCAACACACCAGCAAAGAGUCUAAAAGGUAUUCUAAUGUUGUUUACAAAAGAGACUAAUUGGGCAAGAGACACUGAAAAAUUCUACAACCCUAAAAUUAUUAAUGUUGAGGUAGCUGUUAAAGGAAAAUCUAAUCAAUUAUACGCACAGGAGAUAAAAAGCUAUCACUAAUGGGAUGAAAUCAAGAAACACUUUGGUGUUGGUAGAUUGAAACAACAUGGCUCAGCACAACAUGAGUUAAAUGUAUUUGAUAUAAGAAUGGUAGAUUAUUAUACAAAAGAAUUUGGAUUGUGAUUGGAUUUCAGAUCAUCUGAUGAUAACACACUACGUGGAACUGGUAGACGUAUUGAGAAUGCUUAAGAAGGUAUUAUUCUUGCUAUUACAAAGACGGCUGGAGCUGGUGGUAAUCUGCAGUGUUAUAUCUAUCUAUUUAUGGAUGCCCAAAUUAACAUUUUAAAUGGUGCAUUUGUUAAUAUUUUGUACUAAAUAUAUAAUGAACUUUCCAAAAUUUCCUCAUAGUGCAAUAUUUGUUGGUGCAACCACAUGUGGUAAAACCGAAUACUUAUUAAAACUACUUGAAACUAAAUAUAAGCACCAUUUUGAAUACAUUAUUAUUCUAUGUCCAACAGUUUUAGAUAAUAAGACGUACCUAUCAAGAAAGUGGUUACUCGAUGAUGAAAGUGUAUUUACUGUUUGAUGUAGAAUGUAAAUUAAAUGAAUGGAUUAGACUAUUUACCAAUAAUUUUAAGGGCCACGAAACACUAUUUAUAAUUGAUGAUUGUUCUGCUGAAGGUGAAAUAAAUAAAAAACGUGAUGCAUUAUCAGAACUUGCAUUCUCUGGUAGACAUAGAAAUCACUCCCUAUGGGUAUUAACACAAAAGUAUAAUUCGGUUUCGAAAGACAUUAGAGAACAAGUUAAAUGGCUUUCCUUGUUCUUCACCAAAGAUAGAGAUAGUUUUGAAGAUUGUUUAAGGGAGAAUGAUGUUGUGCCAGAUUAGAAUGAACGAGAUAGACUAAAAACACUCCUACAGAAUCUGCCAUUUUCUAAACUUAUACUGAAGUGUUACCAACCAACUAGUUAUUAUUUUUUAAAAUCCUGCUAAAAUUUGUUGAUACACUAGUUAUACGCUAGUUAUAAUUUUGUUAAUUAAUAAUAUAAUGAUUGAAUACGUUAACUUCAUUUUGUUAUUAGCAAUUAUUUUUGCAAUUAUAUAUCCAUGUUAUAAGUUUGCGUAAGAUUUUCUAUCUUAUAAAUAUAGUAAUGGAUUCUAAGAUACUUGAUCAACUAACUAAUUUAGAAGAGAAAGUUGCUAAAGAAAUAAAACCUAAAAGAAAUGUUAGAAGAUAGAGCAGCCAUUAAUUGAAGAACCAAUGGAAGAAGUGGAUCCUGAAAAAAGGAAUAGACUGAUUAAUUGUGUGCUAUCGGGCAAUUCUAAACAACAUCUAAGUAAGAAUACACUGAACAACAAAUAAUGAAGAUGAACGCUGAAGUGGUCAGAUGACUAAAUCAUUAGGAAAAUCAUUAAUUGGAUUAUAUUCUAAUAUAGCAUGUGGGGCUUUAGGUAUGGAAAAUAAAAAUGAACUAAAUGAUGAUCUAGAGAAUGAUCCAUUUCUUAAUACCGCUGUACAGAGAUUCAAUUGUGAUAUGUACUAUCAAUUUGGUGCAAUGCUAGCACCAGUUAGUGUAGCCAUGAUUACAGGUACACAUUAUGUGAAAAAUUCUAGCACUAAUAGUAGUAAUAAUGGAAGAACAGCAAAUAGUGGAACCAACAACAGCAGUAGCAACAGUAGUGGAGGAGCAGAAAGUAACAAAACAGAAGAAUCCCCUAAGAGUUAAACAGGGUAAAAGACUUGUUGAACAUAAUCGUCGUAAAAAAAAAGAACUAAAAAGACUCAAUGAUAGUAUAACUAAGCAAGAAGAACACCAUGUUGAAAAACAAAACAAAUAAUUACCAGUAUGUGGUUGUUGGUGCAGGCAUAUUGGUAAUAGGUGGAUAUAUUGCGUAUAGUCAAAUAAAAAAGACAAUACCAGUAUUACCACACAAACCACAGUCAAUUGAAGAACCAGAACGGUCAAAGGUAGUUAUCAAAAAACCUAGUAAAGAUAUCUUUAGCACCGAAUAACUUUUUCUAUACCAUAAUAUAUAAUGAGUGCUACGGAUUACACUAAAAAUAUAAAAGAAAGCCUGUAUCAUGGAGCUGUCGUUUCUGGACUAGCUGUUGGAUACACAAUACUAGGAAAAUCACUGUUUAAAAUGACACCACCAUCUCUUAGUAAAUUUGAUAUAUAGGAUACUUUUAAAUUGGUAGUUGUUGUUGCUGCUGCUGAUAUGACCAAGGACUAUCUAAUAAAGAUGGCUGGAUUAGCAAUGAUGGGUAUUGGUGCUGUUGUGAAUGCGCUUGCUUUCUCAGGUAGUAAUUUCUAGUGAAGUAAAAAAUAAUUCCUGAUAAUAUAUAUGGCUAGCUUAGCAAUGAUACUUAUCUGAAAAACUUAUCUGAAAAAAGGUUUAAUGACUUAGGACGUGCAAUGAAGAGAUAUUAUGUUGAUACAGGUACGAAACUUCCAGAACUACCACCAGAACCUAAAUUAUCAGACUUCUAUAAACAAUCAGAAUCACAGAAAUAUAGGGAAUUAGGAUUUAUUGUUGCUAGUAUGACUAUGGUUGGUUGUGGUAUUUAUUGAUAUUAAAAAAGAAAGAAAUAAUAAUCUAUAGUUAUAUGGAAGACUAUUGUAUUUACAGUUAUUGUAAUCAAUGUGGUAGGCUAUCUAAUGAUGUAAAACCGUAUUAUAGAAUAAUCGGUGUAAACUUUAUCUAUUGGGCAUUAUGCAGUGAAUGCAGAUGUUACAUAUUUUUAAUUAGAUACAAUAAACCGAUUGGUGGUAUUUAAAAGAUUAUACUUAAAAAAAUAACAUUAUUAGUAAUUAUUAUUAUGGGAGAUAUAUUUAUUUAUGAAGAUGUGAAAUUAAAUGUUAUUAAUGUUAAUGACACUGUUUGUUUCAAGGCUGAAACAAUUGCAAAUAUAUUGGAAUAUAGGGAUACAAGUCAGGCUAUUAGAAAUCAUGUGGAUCCAGAAGAUAAAGACACUCUAAAUGACCUCAAAUCUUGGGGAGUUUUAAAAACGGGGCUAAAUUCUAGCCAUCUGAAAACACCUACCCUAAAAAAUGGACAUAUGAUGUAUGUAAAUGAAUCAGGAUUAUAUAGCCUUAUUAUUAGAUCAAAGAUGGUUAAGGCAAAAGAAUUCAAAAAAUGGGUUACAAGUGAAAUUCUACCAUCAAUAAGAAAAACUGGAAAGUAUGAGAUAAAGAAAUUCAGGAUGUUAGCAUAAUACUAUUGAAUCAGAAUAUGAUCUACAUUCAAAAGUUGUCAAUUAUAUUAGAAACCAUUAUCCUGAGGCAAUCAUGUCCGUAUCAUUGGGUGAAAACCAAAUAAAUAGUAAAAUGAGAAUAAGAUCAUACAAUAUGGGCUAUCAGAAGGGUGCCCCAGAUAUGGUACUACAAAGCCAAUUAACUGAUCAGAGAGUUAUGUUACAGAAAUAUAAAUUAAAUGGAUACAAGAUACUGGUAAGCAAUGAUUAUCAUGAAAUUAUAACGGAAAUCAAUAAAUAUUUCUAUGAAGUGAGAAUCAAAUGUGAAUAUUGUUAUAGAACAUUUAAAUCACGAGAAACAUUAGACAGUCAUAUGAAACACAUUCAUAAAAAACUUAAGUAAAUAAAGUAUCAUAUUUCAGUUAUUUAAAAAAUGAUGUAAAACACUUUAUUAUAUCACUUUAUUAUAAUGGAAUGUUUAAAAUCAACAUCAAAAGAAUAUUUGUUAUUAUAAAAUGGUAAUAUGGAUAUGCUAUGCUAUCAUUUAUAAAUGGGGGAUUUAAGAAAAAAACAAUUAAAGAAAUACCAAUAUAUAGUAUUAUAAAAUGAAUAAAAUAAUUUCCAAACCUAAUAUAAUGAUGAAUGAUAUAGAUCUUCAAAAACUAAGCAAGACUGAAUUAAUUAAUAUAAUACGUGGUAAUAAUACAAUUGAUGUUAGGCCUGGCUACAUCAGAAGCCCCAAGACUAAUAGAUGGAUCAAAAUAAAUGGUCCAACAUUUAAGAAACUUAGACCCAUCCCAGCACCAAGGAAACCAACCUCUGCACCAAAGCCCAAACCCCGACCAAUAAUUAAACUUAAUAGUGCAUUCAAGGAUGCAACCAAAUCAUUUGAAGUUAGAAUUAAAAGUAAUGAUGAUCCCAUGAAACAAUUAGAAUAUACCAGAAAUGAUAUAUCGAAAGUUGCUAAAAAUGAAUUAUUUAAAUUAAAGGGAUAUAAAUAUAAGAAAACAUUAAAAGUAACGUUUAAAAAACAAAUGGAUUCAGAAAAUAUGGUUUACAAAUCAGCAUAUUUCCAAUCUAGGCCCCAAACUGUUACAAAUGAAAAUGAUAUCCAGUCUGUCAUCAGCCUAUCAUCACAAGAAAUUAUAAAUAUAAUUAACCAGUGGAUAUCUGAAGGAUCUGGAUGGGUUGUUGAUUCGGUUAAUUCGAACUAUAUAAAUUUAACAUAUUAUAAUCCAUUAAAAGGAUCAAGUUAUAUAGAAUUACCAACUGAAUUAAGGCAUGGGUCCAAAAAAUUAAUAAAUAUGCAGAAUAUAGAUGAGAAAUGUUUUAUGUGGUGCCAUAUUAGACAUUUGAAUAAACAGGAUAAAAAUCCACAAAAAAUAAAAAAAUCGGACCGAAAAUUUGUUGAUCAACUGAACUAUGAGGGUAUUAAAUUUCCAGUUGACAUAAAACAGUACAAUAAAAUAGAAAAACAGAAUAAUACCCCAGUAAAUGUAUUUGGGUAUGAGGAUGAACAACCAUUCCCACUAUAUAUAUCCAAAGAAAAAUUUAAAGACUGUAUGAAUUUACUAUUAAUAACAAAAGAUGAUGAAACUCACUAUGUCCUAAUAAGUGAUUUUAAUAGUUUCAUGUACAGCAAAACGAAACAUAGGGAAAAGAAACAUUUCUGUCUAUACUGCUUACAAUGUUUUUCUAGUGAAAGAGUAUUAGAAAGUCAUAUGGAAAAUUGUAUUACUAUAAACGGUAAACAAGCCAUAAAUAUGCCAAGUGAGGAUGAUAAAAUCUUACAAUUCCAAAACUUCCAUAAACAACUAGAUGUACCAUUUGUAAUAUAUGCAGGUUUUGAAGCCAUCACAGAGAAAAUCCAAAUGUGUGAACUAAAUAAUAAAAAAUCAUUUACUGAAGCCUACCAAAGGCAUGUUGAUUGUGGUUUUGGUUAUAAGGUUGUGUGUAGAUAUGACAACAAAUAUGGCAAACCAAUAAAAAUAUAUAGAGGUGAAAAUGCUACUUACAAAUUUAUGGAAGAGAUGUUGAGGGAAGUUAGAUAUUGCACAAGAAUUAAGAACAAACAUUUUAAACAGGAUAUGAUUAUGACUAAGCAGGAUAAGGUGGACCACAAAAAAGCCAAAAAAUGUCACAUCUGUAAUAAGGAAUAUAUUAAUACAGAUUAUGCGGAUAAUAAUAUUGUACGUGACCAUUGCCAUGUAACAGGAAAAUAUGGAGGAUCAGCACAUACUGAUUGUAAUUUUAGAUUAACCGAUAAAGUUCCAGUUAUAUUCCAUAAUUUGAGAGGAUAUGAUAACCGUUUCAUAAUGCAGCAAAUUGGUGAAAUUUUGAAAAAGCACUCCUGUAAAACCAAAUAUGGAGAAUUGAAAGAAAUGGAUAUUAAUGUUAUACCAAAUAAUAUGGAAAAAUAUAUGGCAUUCAUGUUGGGUGAUUACAUAGUCUCUGUGAACAUGCAGCGUUUGUUCGAAGACUUGCUUUAUAAAUACAGAGUUGAUCUCGCAUUUUGGGCUCAUUACCACGCUUACGAGCGAACGUGUAAACUAUACAAAGGCAAAUGUACCGAGGAUGGAAUUCUACAUCUCAUUGUUGGUACUGGCGGUAAAGAUGUUGACGCUGAUGUGUGGUAUGACAAGGAUUGGUCGAUAUUUAGAAGCAAUGAUUAUGGCUAUGGCCGUGUAACUGUCAGCAAUUAUUCAGCAAUCUUGUUUGAAUGGAUUCAGAACCGUUCUAAAAAAGUAGUAGAUAGUGUUUGGCUAUUGAAAUGACUUCUUUGAACCUUUUCUCCAAAUCUGAACUACUUAAAAUAUAAACUUUCGCAAACCACUUGUUUAUUUUCCAUUAAUAUGUUUUAAUUCUUUGAAACUUGGCUAAGAAGUUCAAUGGUACAUAAAAUUUUGACAACUUCUUUUGUUCAGAAGUUUCUAUGCCCGCGGUCUCAUUGACCGGACGCUAUUGUUCGUGUAAUUCAUUUUUUUGGACGUGGAAAAUAUUUGAUAAAAUUUAAAAAAUGCUGACAUGCAUGUAUUAGUGUUGUAAAAUGUUGUAUUGAUUUUAAAAUUAUUUUUUUACGAGUAUGUUGGUUACUCUUUCGUUAUUUAGGUAUUGCUAACUAGAUAAACAUACAGACCAGGUUACAAGAAACAUUGAUCUAGCAAAAUGA